AUGUCACUCUUCAAGAGAAUUACAAAUUUGUUUGCUCCAAGUCAACAAUCCAAUUUAAUUGAAUGUAAUGGUUAUUUUUAUCACUUUUAUAAAGGACAAUGGGUUUGUUUAUUUAAUGAUUGUGAAUUAGUUAUUCAUAAAUUUGAAAAUUAUAAAUACCAAAUUCAAGUUACAAGAAUUGUAGAUCAAGAACAAGAAAAUGAAAGAAGAAAACAAAGGGAAGCAGAAGGUUUAGAAGAUGAAGAGGAAGAAGAGAAUCUUGUAAAUUAUUUUGAAUUUCCAGUUACAAAUGGAUUAGAAUUAUAUAAUGAAAUUGGACCAUUAGGUAAUUUCUCAUUAAGUUGGAAAGGUACAAAUACAAGAUUCUUAUUCGAAUUUGAUAGUAAUAAUAAUAAUAACAAUAAUAACAAUAAUAAUAAUGAAAGUAUUGAAACAACAGGAAAUCAAUUAAAGAGAAUAUUAUGUCAAUGUAUUUAUGAAUCAAUGUAUUUAACACCAUAUACAAAUGGAUCAGAUAAUGAAAUUGAUAAUAAUUGUAGAGAAUUUCAAACAAUUGUUAGAGCACCAUUAACAACUAAUGUCAAAACUAUACAAGCUGAAAAAGUUACACUACCACAACAAUCACAACAAGAGGUGAUUGAAGAGGAUGUAAAACCUUCAAAUUUAUAUCUACCAAAAGAUUUAUUAAAAGAGGAGAAAAAAAAAGUAUUAAAUAGUAGUAGUGGUUCAACAACAGUUUCAUCAUCAUCAUCAUCAUCAUCAAAUUCAUUUAUCAAAAAAUUAGCACCAAUCACUGGUGAAGAAUUAUUUAGAUGUCCAGUAUCAUUAUACCUUGAAACUAAUAGUCAAUUCAAUUUAAAAGAUCCACAAGUCAUUGUAUUAUUAAAUAAAACUAAACCAUUAGAAUAUACUUUUUAUAUAACAAAAGAAGAUAAUGUUCCAAUAUUCUCACAAUUAAUUGAUUCAAAUAUGUUUCCACAAUUUUUUAAUGAACAAAUUUCAUUUAUUUGGUUUAAUGCAUUAGAUGAACAACCAUGUAGAUGGAGUAUAAAAUUUUCAAUUGCUGAAGAAUAUGAAGAAUUUAGAAGUAAAUUUACAGUACUUCAUUAUGAAGUUGUUAAUCAAGCUAAAUUUAAGGGUAAAAAAGAUGAUAUCGAAUAUAUGGCAAACAUUUUAACCGAAGAUCAUAAAGAUGAUGAAAUAGUUUUCGAUACUGAUGAUGGUUUUAAUGCUCAUGAUUUAGAAGAUUUCGAUAAUUUAGAUAUUAAUGAAUCAAAUUCUGUUGCUGAUUUAUUAUCUGAACAUCAAAAUUCUGACCAAGAACUUGACCAAGAAUCAGAUGAUGAUGAAGAAGAUGAAGAAGAUGAAGAAGAAUCAGGUGAGGAGGAAGAAGAAUCAGGUGAAGAGGAAGAAGAAGAAUCAAGUGAAGAGGAACAAGUUAAACAACCUGUUAAAAAACCAAUUAAACAAGAACCAAAAGAAGAGUCUGAGGAGGAAGAAUCUGAAGAGGAAGAAGAAGAAUCUGAAGAAGAAGAAGAGGAGUCCGAGGGUGAAGAGUCUGAGGAGGAGGAAGAAGAAUCUGAAGAAGAGAAAGAUAAUGGAAGAAAAGUAUUCAGAGUACCAUUAAGAAAACCAACUACUGAAUCAGAAGAGUCUGAUGAAGAUGAGGAUGAAGAAGAAUCUGAUGAAGAUGAAGAUGAAGAAUCAGAUUCUGAAGAAAAUUUAAGUGAAGAUAAAAAACAAAUUUCAAAAGAUUUUAGUAAAUCAAAAAAUAGCUCAUUAAUUGUUGGUUAUAAAGAUAAAUCAUAUGUUGUUAGAGGUUCAACAAUUGGUGUUUUCAAUACAGAUGAUGAUGGAAUUAAAUUUAAUACUGCAAUUACAAAUAUUAAACAAAAGGAUGGUAAAAACUUUUCACCAAAGAAAAUGAUGCUUCAACAACAAGAUCAAACUUUGUUAAUGUUAAAUCCUGAAAAGAAAUCAAAUGUAUAUAAAAUGGAUUUGAAUAGACCUGACAUUGUAGAGGAGUGGGAUAUGAAUUGGAGAAAUCAACCAACCCUAACCAAUUCAGUGGUUUCUCAAUACAAAAAUGAUGAUGAAACUAACAAUCAAUUGUUUGUAGGCUACAAUGGUAAUAAUAUGUUUUUAGUGGAUCCACGUGAAUCAAAGAAUAAAGUUACCGUUAAAUUUCAUGGUGGUUCAAAUCCAAAAUCUGUAACUACAUGUGCUGCCACCACUGGUAGUGGUCAAAUUGCUUUUGGUACGUCUAAAGGUGAAAUCAAACUUUUCAGCAAAACUCAAUUCGAUCAAAAUAAACGUUCCGUCACCUCUUCCGACCCUUUGGGUGCUAUUGCUCGUUCACGUACUACCCUACCGGGUAUUGGUGAUCCAAUCGUUGGUAUCGAUGUCACCAAAGAUGGUAAAUGGAUCGUUGCAACCUGUAAACAAUAUAUCAUGGUCAUACCAGCUUCACUCAAAGAUGGUAGUAGUGGUUUUGAAGAUCGUUUGGGUGCUCGUCGUCCUUCACCAAAACGUUUAAUUUUAAAACCUCAAGAUAUUAAACGUAUGGGUGGUGUCGUCAAUUUCACACCAGCCAAAUUCAAUAUCGUUGGUGAUGAACAAUCUGAAACCUCCAUUCUCACAAGCACCGGCAGUUUCCUUAUCACUUGGAAUUUUAGAAAAAUUAAACAAAACAUUUUGGACGUUUAUCAAAUUAAACAAUUCCAAGAUGGUGUUGUAGCUGAACAAUUUAAAUCAAAUAGAGAUAAUUCAAUAGUUGUUACUUUCCCUGAUAAUGUAAUUUUAUCAAAAAAGAAAUAA